AUGCGAGAGAGCGAGGAAAAAGGCGAGGAAAAAGGCGAGGAAAAGAGCGAGGAAAAAGGCGAGGAAAAGAACGAGGAAAGGAGCGAGGAAAAAGGCGAGAGAGCGAUGAAAAGAGCGAGAAAAAAGGCGAGGAAAAAGGCGAGGAAAAGAGCGAAGAAAAAGGCGAGGAAAAAUGCGAGGAAAGGAGCGAGGAAAAAGGCGAGAGAGCGAGGAAAAAGAGUUAUUGGUUCAGAAUUGGUACAGAAAUAUGUAGAGAAAGGAGCCAGAAUGUUACGAGAACUAUUUGAAGUGGCCAGAGCAAAAAAGGCUUGUAUUAAAUGGACAGACUAUGUUGCUGUGAUCAAGGACAAGUAUGGUAUGACGUCAAUCCGUCCAGAGGAAUAUUUAAUCUAUGAAAAGAGACUAAAGUCUUACAUAUUUUAUGGAGCGUUAAGAACAAAAGAUUAA